CCCGGGACGUUGACGUACUGAGGCGACAUCUCGCGGCUAAGUCACAGCUGUCAACAAGUUGUUUAGUUUCAACAGUGAAUGUUGCCAGGUUUUACUCGAAAUUCCUUGUCACCGAAUUAUUGUUAUACUUUUUUUUCCAAGUCCAGGGACAUUUAAAAUAUAUAUAUAUCCAAAUAGACGAUCAAUAUAAAAGAACAAAAUGAUAGCCUUCAAAAGUCCUACACCUUAGAAGAAUACACUCCUUUGUUACUUCUAAAUUUUGGCAAAACUUAUGUAAACAAAAAAGUUCAAAUCAAUUCAUUCUGGUUCAUAGUCGGAUUUCCUCCAGCUUAACAAUGUAUGAAACCGAAACUGGAACCAUGGGGAGUUCAAACCUCACUGUAGGGGAGUUAGAAGACAUGCAGUAUAAAAAGUCACGGGAACUGUUUAUACUAUGUGACAAAGAAGGGAAAGGUUUUGUCAAUAAGUAUGACUUACAGAGACUACAACCAGAGUUAUCCCUUCCUCCUGAAGCGUUGGAACAAGUAUUCGACAUUCUAGAUGAUGAUAAGAACGGAUAUCUUACCCUCAAAGAAUUUACAGAAGGAUUUCAUCGUUUCAUUGGAAUACCAGCAGUACCACCACAUCAAGAGGAACUUGUUUAUGGGGAGGAAAAUGAAGAAAUAGAAGAUCAGGCUUUUACUGACAUGCUUACUACAAUCGGUGCUAAAGAUGUUAUUCAUGAUGACGGCUCUAUCAAGCAUAUCAAGGAACUUUGGGUUCAGUUACGCAGAGAAGAUGAUCCCGUUGUAGUAGAAAACUUUGAAGAUUUUCUAAGUAAAAUUACCAAGGAUUUAAAAAAGAAGCAAGAUGAUUUAAAAGAAUUAGAAACUGCCUUAAAAGUGAAAACAAUUAAAUGUGACGAUGAAGUAACCAAACUUUAUGAGGAAAUGGAAUACCAGAUUAAACAAGAAAAAGAAGCAAUACUCAAUAAGGAGAAGACCAAAGAAAGUAAUUUCAGAGAGGAAAUGGAAAAGGAAUUAUAUGACAAAGAAUACCAACUUCAGAAUUUAAUUACAAGACAGAAAGAAAUGGAACAAAAACUGAAGGACAUCAAUUAUUCAGAAAUGGAAGCUAAAACAACCAAUGACCGCCUUGCUAAAGACAAAGAUGAGUUGUUGUACAAGUUAAAGCAGUCCCAAGAAUGUAUAGAUGAACAACACAGCUAUAUUCAACAACUACACCAACAGCAAAAAGAUGAAAAAAGGGAAAGAUCAAAAAUAGCAUUGAAGCUAACUGAAGGAAUAGCAAUAGAAAGAGAAAGUCUAGUCAAACAAUUGGAUCAUCUCAGAAACAUUAAUCGUAAACUACAAGAUGAUAAAGAUGAAGCUGAAGCAAGGCGGGACCAAUUGUUGAACCUUCAGGAUGAAUUGUCUGAGGCAUCAUCCAAGGAGUGCAGUUCGAAUUCAGCACUAGCUCGUCCAAAACUCAAGAAGAGAGGCUCAAUCUUAGCAGACUACUUCAACCCCAAUGCAAGAAGUAAUGGCAACUUAGACGAAGACAUAGAAUCAGAUGACUGUUUUGAGGAUGAGUUAACGUCAAUUCAAGAGGUUGAGGAUGAAGAUGUUGAUCACAUGAGUCAUAAAAUUCUACAGAACGGUCUCAAAAAUUCUAAUAACAAGACAGGGAAACAGAAAAGAUUAGCAUUUUCUAAAACUGGCAGUCAAAGUUCAAUCAGCGUUGUGGAGGAUCUUGAGUCAACUGAAAGGAAGAAAAAUUUUGCUCAGUCAGAAAAGGAUCGCAUAAAUAGUUCACAAAACUGUGAUGUACGACCAAAAACUCCAAUAGAACUUCAAGACCUAAAUACACGUUCAUCAAAAAGGAACCCAAAUGCUUUAUAUUGUAAUAAUGAAAAGAGGAUAUCACAAAAGAACUCCCUGGUGGUGUCUAAUGGAGAGAGAGCUGGUGAGUCUGCUAAAACACCAGAAAGAGUGUUCAAAAUAGUUUUUGUAGGUGACUCAGGUGUUGGAAAAAGCAGUUUCAUUCAUCGAUUUUGCCAUGAUGAUUUUCAACCAACAUUUGCUGCAACAAUAGGUGUUGAUUUCCGAAUAAAAUCCAUUGAGGUUGGUGGCCAUUUGUUUGCUUUGCAACUGUGGGACACUGCAGGACAAGAGAGAUUUCGCAGCAUCACAAAGCAGUACUUUCGGAAGGCAGAUGGUGUUUUGAUUAUGUAUGAUGUAACUUCUGAGCACUCCUUAAUUAAUGUUCGUAACUGGUUAACAAGUGUGAAUGAAACUGUUGAUCCAAACACAGUUAUCGUUAUUGUUGGUAACAAAACAGACUUGUAUACAGAUUACAGUGAGCUAUCAAAACAGUACAAGGUGGCAUCCAGACUUGCUCAGGAAAAUAAUGCUCUAUUUUAUGAGACAAGUGCGAAAGAUGGAAGCCGGGUGUUUGAAGCAAUGCAUGCUAUGGCAUGUGUUUUGAAAGAGAAGGAGGAUGAAGAACUGGAAAAAGUUUUGGAACUGAAGAGUGAACCUGUUAAGAAAUCAUCAUGUUGCAGAUGAUAUCAAAGAGUGCCAGUUAAAAAGAAACUCAUUUAGUUAUAUAUUCAAAGAUUUAUAAUGGAUUAAAAAAAAAAUUUUAGAUAAAGGAAAAU